GUGUGAGCGACGAUCGAGAGGGCGCAGGAGUUGUCGGUGUCUACUGACCAUGGCUGUGCUGGGGUGCGCUACCCGAUGCGCCGACAGAUCGCGGGCGGCCUUGGUCUUGAGGAUAUGACAUGGGUCCUACGCCAUUCGUGGGCGGUGGUGGCGGAAAUGGACGAGUCGGAUUGUGCGGAGACGGGCGGCGAUGCUGGCCAUUUGGUAUGCUGUUCCCUAGAAGAAAGACGACGCGGCAUGUCAGUGUGACGAACGAGUGCGGGCGUGGAGGGAGCGGGAAAAGUAGCUGGUUGCUGGAAGGGGCUAGCGCGGAUGCAAGUGCGGGGGGUGGAACAGCUCGUCGGAACCGACAUCCCUCCCCGGUGCGGCUCGCAAAGUGGGGCGAGGCGAUUUUGCACCCGAGUCGCAAAGGUGGCCGUGUGAUGAGAGUGCGCGUGUCGAGGAUGACGGCUGCAUCUCGCUGCGCAGACGGCGGCGUCCCCGCACAUCAAGGCGCGCGCGCGCGAUGCAAAGGGCGGCCUCGCAUGACCGGCGCAGCUCGAAAACGCUCGGGGUACAGUCAGGUACCGUCAGAGCUCGUGCCACACAGCAGCAUGCGGAGGCAUGGCGCAUUCCUGCUUGCAGCUUGCUCAGGAAGCGCAUCGCCACUGUAUGCUCCCGUGACGAGGAGGCACAUUCGCUCGUCAUUGCCGUCCUUGCACACUCUCUGGCUUGUUUGGGUGCCAUUGUGUGAUAAAACUGGGGAGGUUUGUAGGACGUACCCUGUGGAGAUGGCCAUGCUCUUGCAGGUUGACCCAGACUAUCACUGCGCCCAUGGCCUCGAGUGAGGAAUGGAUCUCGGGCGGACUGGAAGGGGUCGAAGGGGUAUUGAGUGUGCGGAGGCGCGGCGGAGGUAGGGAAGGAUUGUUGGUAGACGGGUGGAGGAGGCGCUCGCGACGAAGGGUGGG